AUGGGUUGCAUGUUUACAAUCAAGAAUAGAAAACCUGGAACGUUACAUGCAUACGAAAGUGUGAUAAACUUUGGGACUAAUCUCCAUAACAAUAAUAAUUGGAAACCUUACAAUACAAAGAAUACAUCUGGGUUAUCUUCUCUAAAGAAACACAAAAUGGAAAGAAGAAACACAGGUGUUUCACUUUCGAAUAAUUGUAAUUCAUCAAUUCCUGUAAUUAUACCAAAGAAAGAGGACCACCUAGUUUCGCCCAACUCAACAACUCUUUCUUCAUCUCCAAACUCUACCUGUAAUUUAUCUUCAGAAACCAAUCAUCACAAGAUUAUUCGAACUUGUAUUCCUUCCAUUCAUGAAUUAUUAAACUAA